CUGAACACAAAGGGUCCAACAGUAUUUGAAGACGUCGCUAUCGCCGAUAGCCAGAGCAGCGGUGUUGUUGGCUAGUUAGAUAGUUUGGGUGCAAGCAUCGCUACGGCCGCGGUUCCCUUUCCAGACUAUACGCUGCCCUCACUCUUCACUAGUGAAGUUUCAGAUAAAACCUUCUUCAAAUGUUUUUUUAUAGGGACCCAUUAGAACAGAGACUAAGAUUAUCCUAAUCGUGUAGGCCACGUAGUAGGGCGGGUCGUCGAAGCUAGUGGAGCACAAAUUGAAUCCAGCGUUCGAGCGCUAAACAAACGCCACGCGCCGCAGCUGAAAGUGGCUGACUUUGACAGCAGUGAUUACGCAGAAGUCGGCCGUUCGGCCGUACACGAAUUGGCAAGGGCAAAUCACGUAGUCGUUGAGGCCGCAGUGUAACACGGCGUGAGUGGCAGUACAAUACCGAGAAAACCCUGACAGAGAUUUAAAACAGUUUGAGUUUCUAGGUGUCCGCAAAUGCACUGCAUAACAGUUGUCAAGUAAAAGCUACUAAGCAAUCGUUCGAAAAAGGAAAAAUCAGCAACGGACGAGCGCUGGUGUUGGACUGGAACUCGAAGGGAUACACCUACAGAACAACUAAAGCAACCGUCUACUGGUGUUGGAAAGCGUCGUCUUAUUCCCAGUUGCAGUAGUCAUUAAAUCAACAAACAUGAUACCCCCAGAGAAAAAUACUAUUCCUACGAACCCCGUGACACUAUGGACAAAGCUGAUGGACCUGCGCGACCCGCGCACCGCUGACUGGGUAACGGUCAAAGACCCAAAAUACAUCAUUCUCACAAUAGGACUCUAUCUGUACAUCUCGAAGAUUGCCGGCCCCCGCUAUAUGGCCGAUCGUAAAGCCUACGAUCUGCGUCGUACUAUUCGAAUGUAUAACGUCUUCCAGGUCGUCGCCAAUAUGUAUUUCUGUUCAAAGAUUUUCUACCACGCGUUCAUCAAGUCCGGCUACUCGUUCUAUUGCCAAGGCUUAAGCUACGCCAAUGACUACCAUUCAAUGGAACUCCUCAAUAACCUCUACUAUUAUCUGCUCAUCCGCGUAAUGGAUUUCCUCGAUACGAUGUUCUUCGUGCUGAAGAAGAAGUUUUCACAUAUCACACAGCUGCAUGUGAUUCAUCAUACCAUCGUUGUCUUUUCGGGCUGGCAGUUUAUGACGUUUGGUGCCGACGGCCAGGUCGUUCUCGGUGUGUGCAUCAACUCCCUCGUGCACGUUAUAAUGUACUCGUACUAUUUCUUAUCGUCACUGGGACCUGAAGUGCAGAAGUACCUCUGGUGGAAAAAAUAUCUAACCCGUAUACAGAUCUUCCAAUUUUUCGUGAUGCUCGCGCACACGCUGAUUCCCGUAUUCGCUGAAUGUGGCUACCCGCGCGUACUGCUGAUGCUGAUCAUUCCCCAGGUCAUUCUGAUUCUCGGUUUGUUCGUCAACUUCUAUAUUCAAUCCUACAGUAAAAAGACGUACCGCAAGGACCCGAACGUGAUGUUUAGCGAAGUUAACGGCGUUGCCGAUGCGGCCGUGUUACAAACGACUUCUGAUAGUUGUAACCGUAUCAACAAUAACGAACAAGUUAAGGACAACAACAACAUCGACAUCAGGCCACGAAAAACGCUGAAGAUGGAAAAACAGCCGAUGAAAGGACACUGAUCUGCGAUCAGUAGUAUAACUGGUCCUGCGAUUGCCACGCAAGCGUUUUUGUAGAAACAGUUCAUUUGUAAUUCUGGCCCGAGUAUAUAAAAAUACGUACUGACUAUGUUUCUUAUCACAGUGAUGGAUAAUAAUAGCGGCGACUGUAACAAUGAUGUGACAAUAAUGGAUAAAAUUUAGCGCUGCCCGAAGCGACAACUUAUGACUGAGACCCAUGCGAAGCUAAAAUCAGCAACACAGUCAAGGGUACCAGAGAUUGACACAAUCAAAGAAAACAAUGACAAAGUAUUAUUUUUAGAAAAUUUCACUUGCUAAUUUUCAAGAUUAGUACUAUAACUGAAAUUAACACGUUGAGUUCAGCCAUUAUUGUAGUUCGACGACUGUAGACAAAUGGCACCAACAUCUACAUGUAAAAGCGACAGCAUUAUGCCACAGCAUCACGAGUGGAUAGUACACGCGGAACAGAAUAAUUUACAAUCAAAUCAAUUUACGCUGCAGUACCGGACACUGCAGUUUCUGCUGUUUUCGAAAAUGUGUUGAAUUCAUCGAACGAUCGAGUGUUUUCUUUCCACAGCGGUUAGCUUCGGGUGUUCUCUUUCUUUCGACAUAUUUUCUGUAUUACCUCUUAAAGUGUUGCCGGUAUUCAUUGAUUGUCGGUUGAUGCUUUGCUCUCUCGCCUUUGCCAACUUGGCUAAGAAAACGAGUUUAAUGUAUGGAUAACAUCAGGAGAAGGCGUCGAAUUUAUUAUAGAACUUCCAGCCAUCAAAACGGUGCAGAUACUGUUGGAUGCAGUAGGUACACACAUGCACAGGUACACCGACCGGCACUUAGAUAAACGGCCGAAGAUGAAUCAGAUAUAUAUCUAUGUACAAGAUGGUUAUUUCUUCUCAUUUGAUAGGGUCCACUGUGCCGAAUGUAUCCUUGUUGUACAAUUCCUAAAAGUUUCUCGGCUUAAUUUCUUUAAAAUACAACGGGACCCAAUAUAUAUAUAUAUAUAUAUAUAUAUAUGAGGAUCGAUUUAACCAAUGUGAUAUAUUAAGCGGGAUUUUUGUUGCCAACAGACCAUUCGGAAGGAGAUAAAAACACAACGUAGCUAGAUAAGUUUUGGAGCUGGUGGCGAUCGGCAACAAAAACACACUCUAAAAAUAGAGGAGACAAUGUGUCAAUAUUCGAAGCCUAACAGGACAAAAGUCAAGAGAUGAACUUAGGAAUCUGCUAGAUAGAUAGCCAAACAACACAAGAGAUCCGUCCUGCCGAUGAUGAUGACGACGACCUUCAUUAAAAAUGAUAUUCGUAGUAUAGAAUUAUGAACAGUGAAACAUGGGAAAAAAAUGCAAACCCUAAUUAGUUAUAAGAGCAAGAAAGAGCUCAUUUUAAAGAACAGCUUAAACUCGCGCAUUUUCGGUGGCUCCGUCAAUUGUAUCGGCUAUUACCAGGCGAUAAGCAAAACAAAUUUGGAUAACAAGAAGAAGGGUAAUUGGCUUCGAUAAGAAGUUAUCAUUGUAAUAUAUCUAACGUUAUAGCUGAUGUUCGCAUGUUCCGUUGGUCGCGUGUUUCACCGGCCGGGUAGCGAUCAGAAUAGCGUCCUAGACACAUGGGUCAAUUUGCCACUGCAGAAAAUGACAUUUUUAAUUCGAGGACAUGCUACGAUGCUACAGCACAAUUGUGUGAGGCUCGUCAUGAACGUGAUACGCACCGCCGGAUCUCUGUAGGUUGAGUUAAAUCCGGAGACAACCAGUACGAUAAAAAUUAUCGGAUUUGACGGAUUUCAGCCGCUGCAGCUAUAGUUUACCUCAGGGAAACAUCCUGAUCGGUUCGGCGAUGAGGUCAUGAACCUUAAGUAGAGAGUUGGAUUAUACAUUCCGCAGUUCAUAAGGCGACUUAAUUCCCACACUGUUUAUGAACUUAGACAAGCACAGCAAAAGUGAGAGUUUAGAUCAUAUCUGCUGAAGAAGAAGCCGUUGUUAUAUACCUUUCUAUAUUUCCUGCAAACAACGAUAAAGUUCUAUAUUUUCCUUUGAUCUGUCUUUAGCCAAGGAGCUUCCGACUUCAAAUGACUAAUGUUUGGCGGAAAUGCGACUUUGUCUCUAUGGUUAGCGGCGGUAAAGUACCGGUAUGCAUCCACGCUUGAUCCGAUCGACACGAAAUGGACGCUUAAUAAAGCCCCCAGGGGGAGCUAGUUCCCCUAAAUAAGCUGGUAGCCAAAGUGAUACCGAUACAGACAAAAUGCUAUACGUCGAUAAGCAUAUGCAAUUCAAGUAAAUAGCUAGAAUCGGAUGUCGUUCACCGAACGUGUUGGGUGUAACGUCCUUUAAAGGAGGCCAAAGUAUUGUCCUAGGGCACCGACACUAACGAAUAAACCCUUAACCGUUUAGCAGACAAAGAGCAUAAGACGUCGGCGAUAAAUAGCAAUACUUACCAUGUGAUGGAUAACUUGUAAAUACUGUAUAAAAGGAAAGUAUCAUAUUGACAUUAUGAAUAAAUUUCAUUUUUGUCAGUCACGUUAUACAAAUAAUAAAAUGGCAGCACCUUCUUACUAA